AUGAUGAUGGAGUUGAGUCAUAGUUUGACUCUCAAUGAGGAUGCUCUUAAUCAAAUCCCAGAGGCUAAGAGGCCAGUUUUUAUAUUUGAAUGGCUACGUUUCUUGGAUAAGGUUUUAAUAGCUGCACAAAAGAGUGACAUUAAAGGAUGUCAACAAAAGUUAGUAGAACAAUUAACGAGACAUAUGCAAGGAGCUCCUGGACCUCCUACGCGAAGACUUAUUGCAAGAUGUCUUGCAACUUUAUUCAGUGUUGGUGAUACAUUUUUGCUUUUCGAUACUGUUAAUAAAUGUAAUGAUAUCCUCAGAAAUAAGGAUGAUUCUCCGAGCUUCCUUCCAACAAAAUUAGCUGCUAUAUGUUGCGUGGGAUGCAUGUAUGAAAAAUUAGGAAGAAUGAUGGGUAGGUCAUAUGAAGAAACUGUACAGAUAUUAAUAAAAUCUUUACGUUCUGCAGAAUCACAAACAAGAAUAGAAAUUAUGCACACUUUAGAAAAGGUUUGUGCUGGAAUGGGAUCUGCAAUUACAAAUGUUUAUAAAGAAAUAUAUAAAAUUUCUAGACAUUAUCUUACAGAUAGGGUAAUGGCUGUAAGAUGUGCUGCUGCAAAGUGUUUAUUAGAAAUGUUAAAUCAUGCAUCAUUUUUGUAUACCACCGAAAUAGAAAGUGUUGCUACACUUUGUUUUCGAGCAUUUGAAAGUUCAAACUACGAAGUACGAUGUGCUGUUGCAAAAUUACUUGGUACACUAGUAGCGAUGACUCAACUUCCAGCCCCAAAAGGAAAAAGUCCUUCAAUUACACAAAAUAAAAAUUGUAAACAAAUUUCACUCGACGAAGUUUUGAAUAUUUUAAUGUCCGGAUUUUUAAGAGGUGGAGUAGGUUUUUUAAAAGGUACUGGAGAAAUAAUAAAAGGAAGUUCUAGUGUUAACAGAGAGGUUCGAGUUGGAGUCACACAUGCAUAUGUUGUAUUUGUUCAAAUGUUAGGAGGAUCGUGGCUUGAACGAAAUGUUGGUACAUUAGUUGCACAUGUACUCGACCUGGUUACAAAUCCAAAAGCAGCAAAUUCGCAUGUUGAUGCUGUUUAUUCUAGAAAAUGUGUUAAUUUUAUAUUACAUGGUACUAUAGGGAAAUUGUUAGGUGAAGGAGCUCAAGCUGCUGCAUGUAAAGAAAUAGCUUACACAAUUUUAAAACAGAUGAAUUCCAUUGAUUUUAGCCCAGAAAAUGCAAAAGACUGUAAUCAAGAGACAUUAUUUAGUCAACAUUUAUUAGUUUGUGCACUGCAAGAAAUGGGGAAUUUGAUCUUAGGAUUGGGAACAACAGCUUGCAAUUUAUUAUCUGAUCAGUCUUUGAAUUUAAUUGAUACUAUUAUAGCUGUUUUGGUUCAUCCAUGCCAAGCAGCUAGACUUGCAGCUUCCUGGUGUCUACGUUGCAUUUGUGUAGCAGUUCCAAGUCAAAUAACACCUCUGAUCGAUCGUUGUGUAGAUGGAAUUGAAAAUAUGCGUAGUUCACCGGAAGCAAUAGCUGGAUAUAGCAGUGCAUUAGCUGCAGUUCUCGGUAGCGUUCGUUUAUCGCCACUUGGAGUUCCCCAUACGAAAGGAAAAAUUAUUUUUAACACCGCAGAAGAACUUUUAAGAAGCGCAAGCCAAAAUAGUCGUUUAUCGUUAAAUAGAACACAUGCUGGAUGGCUUCUAAUUGGAGCAAUAAUGACUCUUGGAACGGCGGUGGUGAAAGGAUUAUUACCUAGAAUGUUGUUAUUAUGGAGAAAUUCUUUCCCUCGUUCGAAUAAAGAACUCGAAAGUGAAAAGGCUAGAGGUGAUGCUUUUACAUGGCAAGUAACUUUAGAAGGUCGAGCUGGUGCAUUAUCUGCAAUGCAUAGUUUUCUAUUACAUUGUCCAGAACUCUUAAAUGAUGAUAUUACAAGACGACUUUUAACACCGAUUGAAUCUGCAUUGGCAAUGUUAACAAAUUUAUCACCUGUAUUAAAAAAUUACGGCCAACAAUUAAAAGCUCCAGCUGCUAUGGUUCGUUUGCGUUUGUAUGAAACAUUAUUAUUAUUGCCACCUCAAACUUUUGAAGGUUCUUAUACACACCUAUUAAGGAUGUUAGUAUCAGAAUUUACAUUAACUGAAAAUCCUGGAAAUACUACGACUUCAUUGUUACGUGCAGUUUGUCAUGCCAAUGAUUCUGUAAUUCUUGGUACAUGGUUACAAGAAACUGACCAUCGUACAAUAGAAGAUCAAGAUGAUAUAAUUCCUGGGCCUUUGCCUUUAGGAGUUGCUGUCAUCGAUCUUUCUGUGUCUUUGUUUGGUCAAAUCUUUCCACGUGUAGCGAAUAAACAUAGAUUGCAGAUGUUAGAUCACUUCAGUGAAUGUAUAAAACAUACGAAGUCUGGUAGGCAAGAAGCAAUACAGAUGAAUGUUUUUACGGCUGUACUAAGCGGAUUAAAGGGUUUGAAUGAAGCAAAAACUGGCUUUGGUCAAGAAGAUGUGAAAAAAUCUGCGACUAAUCUCAUUAUUAGUGCUUUAGUAAGUAGUAAUUCGAUACUAAGAUGGGCAGCUGGAGAAGCUGUUGGAAGGUUGGCUCAAGUUAUUUCUGAUCCCAAAUUUACGGCGGAGUUAGCACAAACAAGUUUUGACCGCUUAAAAUCUGCUCGUGAUGUUGCUAGUAGAACAGGUCAUUCUUUAGCGUUGGGAUGUCUUCAUAAAUAUGUGGGUGGAAUGGGAUCUAGUCAACAUUUGAAUACAAGUGUCAGUAUUUUACUUGCACUUGCCCAAGAUAAUUCAUCUCCUGUAGUACAAGUAUGGGCAUUACAUGCUCUUGCACUUAUAGCUGACUCUGGUGGACCAAUGUUUCGAGGAUAUGUUGAACCCACAUUAUCUUUGGCAUUGACUCUUCUUCUUAAUGUUCCUCAUUCUUAUAUUGAUGUACACCAAUGUAUAGGGAAAGUGUUAUCAGCUCUUAUUACAACAAUAGGACCAGAAUUACAAGGUAAUACAUCAACAAUUUGUAUGGCACGUUCAUCAUUUUUGUGUGCUUGCGCAAUUAUGCAAGACCAUCAAGAUCCUCUUGUACAGGCAGAAGCAACAGGAUGUCUUCAACAAUUACAUUUAUUUGCACCAAGACAUGUUAAUUUGUCUUCUCUAGUUCCUACAUUAUGUCGAACUUUAUCGAGCAAUCAUUUGCUUUUACGUAAAGCUGCAAUAUCUUGUCUUCGACAAUUAGCUCAACGAGAAGCGAAAGAAGUAUGCGAACAUGCAAUGACUUUAGCUAACGAAAGUCGAGAUACUAAUAUAGUAGAAGGUCUUGUUAUAACAGAAACUGGUCUACCAGGAGUUUUGUUUAGUAUGUUAGACACAGAAACUGAUAGCAAAUUAAUUAAAGACAUUCAUGACACGCUGACUAGUAUGCUGCAAAUUUUAGCAGCAGAUCAUUUAUCUCAGUGGUUGUCCUUGUGUAAAGAUGUUCUUACAAUAGCUUCAGAAACGUGUAACAAUGAAGAAGGAAAUAUUGUUGACGUCGAAGACAGUACUACGGAUACUGAUAAUGCAGAUACAGAAGGAGAUGAUGAUCAAGCUGAAUUCCACGCUGACGAAUCUACAAAACAACGGCCAACUAUUACACCGAGAUGGCCAACUAGAGUUUUUGCAGCACAAUGUGUUAGAAAAAUUGUUGCUGCUUGUGUAAAUAAUAAGCAAGCGCACUUUGAUCUUGCCUUAGCUAAAGAGAUGCAAAUAUCUAAAGGAAAAAGCGACUUUCUAGUACUACAUCUUUCCGAUUUAGUACGUAUGGCAUUUAUGGCCGCGACAAGUGAUUGUGAUCCUCUUCGACUCGAAGGAUUGAAGACUUUACAAGAAAUCAUAGAUAAAUUUGCUAAAGUUCCUGAACCAGAAUUUCCUGGACAUUUGUUACUUGAACAGUUCCAAGCUCAAGUUGGAGCUGCAUUGAGACCUGCAUUUUCAGCAGAAACAGCAUCACAUGUUACAGCUGCGGCAUGUGAGGCAUGUAGUGCUUGGAUUGGAAGCGGAGUUGCUAGAGAUCUCAAUGAUCUUCGUAGAGUACAUCAGCUACUUGUAUCUUCUCUAGAAAAAUUAAGAGAGGGACAUACACGACCACAGCUUUAUAACGAAAGUUUAUUAACUCUUGAAAGAUUAGCAAUUUUGAAAGCUUGGGCAGAAGUGUACGUAGUUGCUAUGAUAAAAGAUGGUUCUGCGUUGAACAGUAAAAAUACAUUUAAUCAAAAUUCACAUCAGAUUGAUGAUGAUGAUUCCGAAGAUUUUGGGAAAUUUGAAUUUCAGACUGAAAGUUUAUUAAGUUUGGUGCAACCAGAGUUAUUAAGUUUAAGUCAGUAUUGGCUGGCUGCGUUGAGAGAUCACGCAUUACUUUCAUUACCACCAGAAUUUUCCAGUCAAUUACCACAUGAUGGUGGAGCUUUUUAUACAACAGAUACAAUGGAAUCUGCUAGACCUCAUUACGCUGAAUCAUGGGCCCCAAUCUUACAUGCUGCGACACUCUGGCUUAAUGCAAAAGGAUUUGGACUAGAAGAAAAUAAAAAUGAAAUGAAAACAUCAAAUGCGGUUAAUAACAAUAAUACUAAUAAUAAUAACAAUAAUGUUUCUACCAAUACUAAUACAAACGUUGAACGUUUCCAUUUAUUAUUU